AAGGUUAAGUAUUUAGGUUGUGAAGCCGCCGUAUUAAAAUUAGCAUGUCGGCUACUAAGAUUUGACGCCAACUCGCCAACACUUCAAAGGCGUUUAAUAUAUAGUUUUAUAUUAUUUAGUAUAGUUUGCAGUUUACGAAGUUCAUAUCUGUUAUCUUAAACACCAACCAUGGAUAUUCGACCAAAUAACACUAUUUAUAUCAACAACUUGAAUGAAAAAAUUAAGAAAGAAGAGUUGAAGAAAUCGUUAUAUGCUAUUUUCUCACAGUUUGGUCAAAUUCUGGACAUUGUAGCUCUUAAAACAUUGAAAAUGAGAGGUCAAGCCUUUGUAAUUUUUAAAGAAAUUGCUAGUGCAACGAGUGCCCUUAGGUCAAUGCAAGGUUUUCCAUUUUAUGAUAAACCAAUGAGAAUAAAUUACUCCAAAACUGACAGUGACAUUAUAGCAAAACUAAAAGGAACGUAUACAGAAAGGCCGAAAAAGCCUAAGAGAAUUAUACAGCCUGCCGACGAAGAGGCAAAGAAAGCUAAAAAGAGGGCCAAAGAACAGGCCAAGCAGCAUGGUCAAAUGGGUUAUGGAGCUGGUGGGCAAAUGGGUAUGGCUAAUUCAGCAGUACCUGAACAACCACCAAACCAAAUUCUCUUCCUGACAAAUUUGCCUGAUGAGACUAGUGAAAUGAUGUUAUCUAUGUUGUUCAACCAAUUCCCUGGUUUCAAAGAAGUACGUCUUGUUCCAAAUCGACAUGAUAUUGCUUUUGUUGAAUUUGAGAACGAAGUUCAGUCUGGAGCAGCUAAGGAUGCACUUCAAGGUUUCAAAAUCACACCGUCACAUGCAAUGAAAAUAUCAUUUGCUAAGAAGUAAUUAUAUUCUAGUAAUAAGUUAAUACCUUUAAAUGUAAUGAGAAUUCUAAAAUGUGAGUUUGAGAGUAAAUGAUUUGCACACAAUCUUAGCUAUGGUGUGUACCUCACCAUGUACAAAGUAAAGAAAAUUAAUUUUAAUAUGCAACAGAAUUGAUUGUGAAUGUGAGACAAUUAGUUUAGCUAUUAUAUUUUGUAAUAAUUAGCAACAUUAAUAAAAUAGAAUAGCUAUUGUUUAAUGCUGCUUUGAUAAUUAUCUCAGAGGUAAUGAAUUUUACAAUAAAUGUUUUAUGUCACACAAUGAAAUUGUAAAUGCAAACAUACUUAAAAAUGAGUAUAAUUAUGUAAAAUCUACGGGGAAGCCAAAAUUCAAUAAACAACAA